AUGACGAACUUCAACAGCAACAACAACAACAAUAACACGAGACUCUCCUUCCGACCUCUCCAAUGGAUCUUCCUGUUGUCCCUGUUCCUGACUAUGCUUCCAUCCGGCACGCACGCACUGAUUGAAUUGCGAACUUCGGCCAAGACCAACCAAAUGACUGCCGCCGAACUGCAAGAUUAUUUGUCGAGACCCAUCCAUUGGCCUCAGAUUGUGGGCAGCUCCGACUCGGUGAAAUGUUUGGACGGCUACAAUGAAAAUGAUCCUCUACAAGUAGGAAAUCGAGUCAAGGAGUUCUUUGGAAUGAAUCUGUUAUCAGUGACUUGGACCUGUACCAAGAACGAACCAGGCAAACUGGUCGUCAAGGCACCGGAGGGAUUGCCCGGAAUUGCCAAGGAAUGCAGUAUGAAAUUUGACAUUACCAAUGUAUUGGAGAAGAAUGGUGAAGCUACAGCCAAAGUGGUGUUGACCAUGGGAUACGAUCCAGUCUCUCCCAUUGCCUUGGCCGCGACUCCUGUUUUGGUACUCGACAAUUGGAUGGCAUUGAAAGUGUUGUUGCCACGUGCCAUUAAUAAGCAAUCCAACAAUUAA